UUCCCUAGUCGUCAGACCCUAACAAAUGAUAACAAUAUGUGUCAACAGGGGAAAGCAAUCGUACGCCAAAUCGUAGCUGCGUGUCAAAAAUGCAAGCAGUUAAAGUGGAGGUACUAAGCGAGAGAGCGCAUGCCGACCGGGUUCGCGGAGCCGCUUGAUUGCUGCACCGCGCUCUCUUUUUUUUUCUUUUUUCCAAACUGGAUACCCCGGGUUCACCGCAGCGUUUCUUUUCCUAUUUUUUACUGGAUGGAUAGCAGCGCCGAGCGGAUUAAUAAUAAUACAAAACACCACAGUCACUCUUCUUUCUUUUUCUUUUCUUUCAUCCGGAAACCUCCGUCUGCUUGCCUCGCCCGCCAGCAGAGCCGGCUCCGUGCCCGUGUUGCUUUUGCUUCUUCACUCGCAGCUGGGGGUUCGAUCCUGUGGAGCUGAAUGCGGGAGUCCCGCGAGCGAGUGCUUUCUGGGACGGAAGGGGCAGCGUGAAGAGCGACCGGCUCCAGAGGAACAAAGGCAGGCGGCGCACCUGGACAUCAGGGGAGCGGCGUCCGGAGGAUGGCCAGCGAGCCGGUGAUACUCAACGUGUACGACAUGUAUUGGAUCAACGAAUUCACCACAUCAUUGGGAAUUGGGGUCUUUCACUCAGGAAUAGAAGUAUAUGGAAGAGAAUUUGCCUAUGGUGGCCAUCCAUAUCCAUUUUCAGGGAUUUUUGAAAUUUCACCAGGCGACGCUUCAGAAUUGGGGGAAACUUUCAAAUUUAAGGAAGCCAUUGUUCUUGGCAGCACAGACUUUACUGAAGAGGAUAUUGAGCGCAUUGUGGAGGAGCUUGGAAAGGAAUACAAAGGAAAUGCCUACCACCUCAUGCACAAAAACUGCAAUCACUUCUCAUCUGCAUUGUCAGAGAUCCUCUGUGGAAGGGAGAUCCCUCGCUGGGUGAACCGCUUGGCAUACUUCAGUUCCUGCAUCCCAUUUCUCCAGAGUUGCCUGCCCAAAGAGUGGCUUACACCUGCUGCAUUACAGUCUAGUGUCAGCCAAGAACUGCAGGGCGAGCUGGAAGAGGCUGAGGAUGCAGUGGCCUCUGCCUCUGCUGCCUCUUCAUCUGCAUCUGCCUCCAAGCCCACAAUGGUACCACGGCCAAACCACCAUGCAAAACGAUAACUUGGGAAGAGCACAGUGACUGAAUGUACAACCUCUGAUUGUGCUUGACAAGAUUUUUGAGUGAUUUGGGGAGGGUGUAGAAUUUUUCUUAAUCAUUUGGAUGUGGGUGCAAAUAUUGUGGGAAUAAACCAAUACCAAACAUUCCUUUUUAUUGAAUAGAAAUAUAUAGGUUUUACUACAAGAUUGUUUUAAUUUUUUAGUUCUCUGGCCUUUCAGUUGCAAACUCAGGAUCAUAAUUUUGUAGUCCCGUGAUAAUCAGUGUUCUCUGGUAAAAAAUAUAUAUUUUUGUUUAUAUGGUUCUUUUCCACAAGGUUAGAGUUGGUAAACAGUAUUUAUGGACUGUUUACAGAUAUUAAGUGCAUAAAAUACUGAAAAUAUCUGACAACAGGAAUUAACACUUGCAAACAGUCCUUUCUUGAAUAUAACAUGUUUGAAAUUUUUUUUUUUUUUCAUUAUUUUCCUGUUUGUAUUGCAUGUGUAUUUUUGGUGAUUUUUACAACAUGUGCUAAUAACCAUUUGAAAAAGAUGAAGGGGGUUGGGAGUGGGUGUUGAUGUCCCUGUGGUGUUUCUCACAUGAAAGAGUUAAAUGAUAUUGUUUUCCUCAAUUGAUACUUGAGAUCAAUUCUGAAAACAUUUAAAAUAUCUCCCAAAUCCUAGUAUUAGUAAUCUUUCUACCAGUGCCUGCUAAAUUGCAUUUGCUUUUUAAAUUAGAUCUUUUAAUUUAGGAAGGCUCAUAUGUAUAUGUUCUUCACACCAUUUCAAAACAAUGGAGAAACUGAAGUUUGUAUUUGUUAUUUGUAUUGUGUGUUCUUCUUAUCAAGUAGCACCAGCAUAAAUAAUAUUCUGUGUACAAUUUACAGUAACAGUCCCUCAGGCUAAAAUAAAACAUUUUAACUUUGGUCGGUUACACUAGCAGCCGUUUGAGAUACAUUUUGUAAUGGAAAAAUCAUUGUAAAGUUUUUGAGAAAGUUGCGCCAAAUGCAUUGUAACCUUGUAUUUUGAAGUUCCUUGAAAUCUGAGUCAAACACAAAGUGCAUGUCAUAGCCUUGUUUGAAAUGUCUGACAUGUUUAAAUUCCGUCCUAUCAUCUAAGCUGGAGAAAACUAAUUUCCAUGAAGGUUUAUUGCUACUGUGUCCCCUCAGAAAAGGUGCUGCAGAUCGUUCUAAUACUGACAUCAGAAUUUUAGUUUGCCUUUUUCAAGAAUGGCUAUUUGUGAAAUAGUUGAAAUUUAAUCUAAGAGAUGAAAGGACAUUUAAAAACUAGCCUUGCUCCCUUAUUUUAGUUCAAAACAAAAUUUACAAGUAUAUCAUUGGUGUUAAACUACAGUGCAAUAUUACAGUAACAGGAAGGGGCAGGGCAUUGUAGAACAAAGCUUUGUUGAGAGCUUAUUGACAUGCUGCAUUUUAAACCAUUUGAUCACUAGCUGCCUAUGACAAUGCUGACAAUCGAUAUGUUAUGAAUCAAAGUGAAAUGAGGCUGAAGUAUUCACAUUUUAACACAUUUGUGAAUGGGUAUAUGGUAAGUCCCACUACAUUUUUCCUGUACAUUAUUUUUAUUGUGCUUAGAAUAACUAGUGGUGGCAAUUAGUUGCCAGGCAGUUUGGAUAUAUAGAAGUUUAUUUGUCCCCAGGGGGAAAUUUGUCUAUAUACACAUACAAUACAGUCUGAACACACUGGAAUGGCUAAAAAGAAAGACAACGGGGGUUGGUGGGGGUUAAAGAAACUUCUGACUUGGCAGUCUCAGUCACAGUAAAGUAUUAUGCUGGCAUAGUGGUGUUGGUAUAAAGGAGCUCCAACAGCGUUUUCUGACACACUUGUGCUGAAUAAUUUGCUGGCUGUAAGUCUUCAGUGUUAGUGUGUCAGACAGAGCACAUACAGCAUCUAAACAGUUUGGCAAUUCAGACAUGAAACACGUGCAAAGGUUGAAGGCGGUGAGACAGAACUCCAGAAAAUUAGUUACUUGAUAUAGUUGCAUCUCCCUCAACAAAUUCUCCAGAACGAAUUAUUUUUUUGAAUAUUUGUAUAUAUACGUCCAUUUUUUUAUGUAUGAAAGUAAAAAUUGGAAGAAGAAGGAGGAGGAGUAUGCCUGUUUGGUGGUAGAGUGGUACAGAGGUUAGUGGUGCUAACUCACUGAUCCAGCAGUUUCUUCCAGAAUUCCACACCUGGUAAUUUUCUGUGUGGGUUUGCACAUUCUUCUAUUUUCCCCAUAAGUUUUCCUUCUCAAAGAUGUGCAGAAUAAGGUAGCAAGCUGAUUCUAAUAGGUCCUGUGUGAAUGAGCCCUAUGAUGGACUAAUGCUUCUUAAUGCUAGUAUAGGAUUUGCCUUUUCACCCAAUUUGGGUUUGAGAUACAAAUAUAGCGAAAUGCCAAUUUAUUAAAACGGGCACAAUUUUACAAUAAUAAGUCCGUCAGUUUUGAUCACUUCAUACAUUUUAUGAAUCUCUAUUCACCAGAUAUGCUAGCCCUUACAUCUGUCUGUCUUUGCACUUCUUUUUGCCUUUAUUCAUCGUAUGUUGCAGCCCUCUUGUGCAUGCCGGGCGACAUUGAACCCUGGCACAGAUGCCAGAAUGUUUUGUCGUUUUUUUAAAUGCAGAGAUUAUUUACUCCUACUAUACAUUACAGCAUCAUUUUGAAAAUGGUGCAUAUGGCAGCCCUAUAUGGUUUGAUUGACCUUAAACUUUUUGUAUUUACAAAGUUUAUAUGUAGUUGUUUUCAAAAUAGUGCCUGUUUACACUUUCUAUUUGUUUCUUUUACUUAUUCUUUAUAGCAUUAUUGUAGUUAUCGGACUUCUGGAGUACUAGCUGUGAUCUAAUUAUGCACAUAGCAAGCAAUUAACUGACGUCUGAUGCUGAUAUUUUUGUGGUGCAUGUCUCAAAAAGUAUGGCUUUCUAUUGGAGAAACUGAGCUAAUUAUUAGCCUCCAGACCCUUUAGCUAAUUUCCAUACAGUAGAUUAACCACAACAUCUAGAUAUAACAUAGUGAGGGUGAAAUGUGAGGUACCUUUAUGUUAUGUCAUUUACAGUGGCUUUAAUAUUUCCAUACAGUAUGUUAACAUGCUGUUUGCUGAACAAUUUAAUAUCUAGAAAUUAGGUCUUCAUUUUUGACUGACAUGCAGUUCCUAGCCUUGUUACACUUCAUUUUGCAUUUUACCAAAAACAAAUGUUAAUAUGCUAUGUCUCUUAACAGUCAAAUAAAAUACAUUGCAUUUCUCAUGCCUUUCACCACAAUGUUUAAUGAAAUCAAAUGAGGGCAUGGCAAUGUCCAGCGGAUAAGUGCCCCUCCAUUUCUGUGAUAUAAUUAAUUUUAUACAAUAUUUACAACUUUUUAAAAUCUUUUUUUAAAUUAUAAAUAGGUUAUGAUAAUAUACUUUUUCUCAAAUUAAUCACUAAAAUGCUUUGUUUUUUGCAUUUUUUACCUCAGACAGUCAAUCUGUUUAUUUUUAUUAUAGGUUUCAUAGUUCAAGACUAAUUGGAAUAGCUGGCUAUUUUAUGUUCGAAGUAAGGUGAAGGAAGGCUUGGAAAAAGAAUCCAUUCUUUGCUCGGAUCUGCUCUUUUUAAAUGUGACAGUUUGCAAAUCUUACAAACAAUACUAGAUUUUGCUCAAACACAGCUGAAAAAUGAAUACAUUGAAGAAACCAUUUCCAGCAUGUAAGUGAAUGCUGGCAGCGCUAUAGAAGUUAACUCACUUGAUAAUUUCAGGUAAAAUCAGUACAUGUUUGUUGAUGGAACAAAUGAAUUCUUUUACACAGCUUAAAUGUUUCUCCAUUCUUGGCUGUUGGUUUUCAAUGUGCAUGUACUUGAUAUAUGAAAGUUUGCAGUGUACCAGUCCUUCAGUAAAAGGUCAAACAACCCCUAUGUUUGUGUAACAUCUCAGAAUGCACUGGAUAACAAAUUACUUUUUCAAAAGUUUUGCUUCCUGACUUGUCAAUAUGUGGCUAUGCCCAUAUUGAAGACGCCCAUUGUCACGGUUUGCCCCAGAACUCGGCUCCCUAUUAGUAGAAGGCUGAACUUGCAUGUGAGGUGUCUGGUUUCAGUGUCAAAAAAUAGUCACCUAGCAUUAAUGGGCUCCACUUGCCGUUAUACUGUGUUUUCAUCAUUGCAAUGUCCUGGUGAAGGCCUUCACCAUGUUCAUCACUAACUGCACCAAGAUUAACGGUGAAUGCAGAAAUGAAUCUUUAGUGACCUGUUGCACUUCACAGUUAUGUUUGCUUGAAGUAUGUUGGAUGUAAUUUAGUGCUCUGUAGUCUAAAAGAAAAUUCAGAACAGCCUUGAAUGCUAUCUAUGUGAUUUCCUCCAGUGCCCCACUAGCAGAUUCUUGAGCCACUUGUCAUUGAUGAUGUGUCUGAUUGAUUUGUAAGCCAACAAAAAUGCCUUCCUUAAUUUGGUAUCAGUUAUUUAUGGAAAUAUCUGUCUGAAAUAUUGAAAUCCUUUACCUUCUUUGUUAAUCACUUUCAAGAACUUUUCAUAAUUUCAAAUGUUAUUUGAAGAGCAGACAUGAAUAUCUUUGCUGGGUCGACAAGUGGUUUAUGUGCCACGCUUUUCUGCCCUUAGGGAGUGGCCGCUCCUUUUAAUGUAAGGAGACUCUUUAGCAUGGCUGCCUCAUUGUGCCCAAGCUGCAUUCCUAGCAGCAGUGUCCCUAUUUUUAGAUCACCACAGAUGUUCCUGUUCUAUUUAUACGUUAUAUGUACAUUUAUAAUACAAAAGGAAAUCGCAAAAAUUGGUGAUUGCAAGAAAGUGGUAUUUGAAAUAAAAAUGUAAAGGUGAAUUUUGUGAUCAGCAGGCCAUUAGAUAACACACACAAUUGUGUUUAGGAAACAAAAUCUUCAUUUUCCAGUGUUACAGGUGACAGAUUAAUUCAUGAGGCAAUAACUAAUGUAAAAGACAGAAAUCCACCACCAUUGUUGCCAUUUACAAUUGCAUCUAUGACUUAAGUGUGCUUUUACAGUCUAACGUGUUGUAUGCUGGCACUUCAUUGAAACAGUGUUUUACAGUAACAUCUUUAAAACCACAGUAAAGGAGAUGCUGCCACUUAGUGUGUUCUGUAACCAGCAAUGAUUUUAAGCCAAUACAAUUUACCUGCACUUUUUCUUCUGUAUUUAUUUUAAAAUAAAGAAUACUGCAGGAGAUUUAUGAGCAUUUUGUAGGAUAUUACCUAUUAUAUUAAUGCAGCUGUUUUAUUUUUGUGUGUUUGUAGUUAAUUCUGACAUUUGAAUAAGCUGAUUUUCUAUGUGUGUAACCUUUUAAGUUGAUAAUGUCUGGCAUUGAGGAAACCUCUAGCUAUAUUUUGCAGUUUUGCAACUUUUAGAAUGCUGCGCUCCAUUAUGGACAACACAACCAAAAUCAAAAACAAUCUAAUAGCAAUAAUACUUUUAUUCUAAAUAAAUAUCUUUUUUAUUGAUUGAUUGGGAAAAAUAUGAAGCAUGACUUAUUAAAGGAUUUAAUCACCACCACCACCACCACCCAUAGUCCAAUUUUGUUUGGCCAGGAGCACACUUUUUAAACUUUAUAUUUUUGGGGUUUCUUUGAUGUAUUGAUUCUUGAACUCUUUUUGUAAGAUAUUCCACAACAUGACAACCUGAUCCUUUCAAUUUAAAUACAUUUAUGAUUUAGUUUAGAUAUGUGUGCUUUGUAAAUGUGUGGAUAUUGAACUUCUGCAUGGGACUCAGUCUAACAGUUCCCAGCCAAAACCUGUGCAGCUGUUUUGGGUUAAGCAUUUCUUGAUGUAUGUCAAUACAUGUGCUUGGAAUCUGAAACAGCAUUUCUAGGUUUAGACUUCUUCCAAGUUGAGUUUAAGGCAAAUGGGUUUCUGUAAGGAUUUCAGGUUGUCAUUAUUUUUGGUUAUAUGCAAGUAUGUGAAAGUAGCACUGAAUAUCAGAUGGAGUGGCUAGAAGGAAAAUCUGAUCAAAGUCAGUUUCCAUUGUAUUUGAAAGCUAAAAAAAGUUUCCUAAUUUGAGCUAUUUAUACAUAAUUAUUAAAAAACACACACACACACACACUGAUGUGCUUUUUCAAGGCAGAGCCGCUGAGAAGUUAGAAUACAUUGGAACUUAAAACAAGACAAAAGGUCUCCCCAACCCUCACCUCAGAAUGUUGUCACCUUCCAAAAAUGAAAAAAAAGAAAAAGCUUCCGUCAGGGAGACCUCCAAAAACUACACAUUUUCAAAUCCAGCACGAGGAAGACUGCUUAGUGUAAUGUUAAUUUUGAGCUGUAAGCCAUGGUCGUUGGAUUAGAAUGGUCUGAAAAUGUAUUGAACUGUCAUUCUAAAAUGUGGAUAUUUGCAAUGAUUACCUGUUUCCUUUUAAUUUCAGAGUGCACAUUUUAUAAAUUGAUUUGGACUGUCCUUGUUUAAUACUGUAUGUAUUUUAGUUUAAUUUUUUUUGUAGCUGAACAGAAAAAUAGUAUGAUGUGUUGUGAAUCUGAAAUCUUUUUGUUACCAUACCUCUAAAAAGAAAAAACCUAUUAAAAAAGACAUUUUUGUUAAA